AUGGCCACAACAACGACUAUCACAUCCUUACUCAACUCCCUUCAUACCCACCUCCAGUCGCAGACCCAGCUCCUCCCGACGUUGCACGCGCAGCUCGGGCUCCCACCCACCGCGCUCACGGACGAGCUCGCUGUGCUACAGCAGCAACUCGCGCAGUGCGUUGAACGCCAGAUCGACAUCCGUCGCCGGCAGGUGGACGAGUGGACAGAGCGUUGUGAGGCCGUCGAGGAGGGAUGUCGACGCUAUGGACGCGCUCUCGGUGGCCAUGGGAAGGCCACUGGCGGAAGUGUCUCGGAGAUUGCGAAGGAGCAGGUCUUACCGAGGCGGUUUGAGGUCGGCUCGGAGUUUCAUGAGAGGCUACGGCAGCUAUAUCACACCAAACUUGAACAACUAUUAACAAUCACAGGCAGGCUCGAGGCUCUGUCGCAUACACUUGGUCCCAACUUCUAUGCUGAAGAUAUAAUUGAGCCACCGCCUGCAUCAGGCGAGAACGAAGAAGAUCCCUCUGCGCAUCGAGAUGUCACACCCGAACGAUUCUCCAAGCUGGAGAAGGAGCUCGUCCGAGGCAAGGGCGAAGUAACGAAGCGCCUCACACAGCUCUCCGCGACGAUGGUGCAGAUCGACUGGCUGUACACCGAGCUCGGCAUGGCACCACCGAUGCUCGACGAUCUCCCCUCCUCGUCCUCUUCGAUGCUCGGUGUCCCCGCGAUGCCGCGAUCGACGUCGUCUUGCAGCUCUCGCGCAUCCCACACCACCUCUAGCUCCGGCUCCUCGGAUCCCUUCCUUUCCUCCGUCUCCAUCCCGUGCUCCACGCCCACGCCUGCGACGCGCUCUAAGCCCCUGCCACCGCUCCUGCUGCUAACCGUGCCCGACGCACCUGCAGAGCCCGACGACACCGCCUACCAGCGGAUCUUCUCUCGUUUCGUCGCGCGCAUGGAAGAGGCGUCGGACGAGGACCUCGCGAGCAGCGUUCGAAUCGAGGGCAUCGAGCCAACGCCUGGGCUGCUCGCGUGGGCGGAGACGACGCGUGCCGCACUCGAGGACGUGAAGCGCCGGCGCGAGGCACACAUACAGACGAUGUACGACCAACUAGAGGCGCUCUGGCGCCGUCUCGGCGUGCCCGAGGCGGACAUGGACGCGUUCGUCGAGAUGCAGCGCGGGAGCACCGAGAUCACCGUGCGCGCGUAUGAGGAGGAGCUCGAGCGCAUGCUCGAGUUGAAGCGCGAGCGUAUGGGCACAUUUGUGGAGAAUGCACGGGUGGAGAUCACGAGGCUCUGGGACGAGCUCAUGGUUGGAGAAGAGGAGAAGGCAGACUUUGCGCCGUUCUUUGAUGACGAACAUACGGAAGAACUGUUGGCCAUUCACGAGGAAGAAAUUAGGCGGCUCAAGGAGGAGCGGCGGGCUAAGGGUCCGCUGCUUGCGGCCAUUAGGAAGUACUUCGAGAUAUGCGAAGACGAGAAGGAGCUCGCUGCUGCCGCCACCGACCAGAGUCGGUUGCUGGGUAGAGGCUCGCGUGAUCCAGGACGCUUGCUCAGAGAGGAGAAGAUGCGCAAGCGCGUUACGAAGGAGAAGCCUAGGCUUGAGCAAGAUCUCUUGGUGUCGGUCCCCGCAUGGGAAGCGGAAACGGGAUGCAUCUUUCUGGUGCACGGCCAGAGCAUCUUGCAGAUCCUUAUGGAAACUGUGGGUGCAGCGGACAAGGAGAACAGCGACAAGCGGGGGAAGUCUCAGGGACGCGGUGGUUCGGCCCCUCCACGCGCGAAAACCCCUUCCAAUGGCACCCGCCCGCCCUCCAGCACUCACUACAUGCCAAUGCCCGGCUCCAGCCAUAUCGGUAAGAGCAGUUCGGUCACGCCCGCCGUCCGCCCCGGGUCCAGCAUGAGCAACUCGUCCAACAAACGAGCCCGCCUCGGCGAGUCCACAUCGACAUAUAACAAUGGUGCGGCGCACCUCAACAGCAGCCGCGGGCCCGAUGGGCACCGCGCGCCGUCGCCGACGAAGAUCCGGAGCAAGACGCCGACGAUGGCAGGAUCUUCGCUUCCACGCCCCAUUCCGGUCGCGAUGCCCGUCCCGCGCCCUGGGACGGUGCACCAUGCUCUGGGACACGGCCGUGUCCCGUCCGUACAGCCGCAUCCGCACAGCUACCACCCGUACUCGGCGGCAGCGCGGACCGUGUCCAGCGCGACAACGCUGGCCCAUCAUGCGUAUGGCGCCCCACCGCUAAACAGCCAUGCGGCGGCGAGGAAGGCGUCGCGUGCGCGGCGGGAGAGCUUCAAGCCGCGGCCGAGCGUGGACGAGAAUUGGACGGGACUCACAGUGUCUGUGGCAGACGGCGGGCGGAGAUGGGCGGGCUUCUCAGGGAGUGUGGUGAAGGAAGAAGAGGAGGAUUAUUAG